UGUCGAAACGGUGAGGGUGACGACUGCGGCCGAAGUUAGCCGAAGACGAUCGAGGCGAAUCGAGAGCGUCGAGUGGUGUGGGGUGUGCAUUCGUCAGUCGCACGCCGGUCGUUGAAUGGAGCGGGUGUGGAGACGCGUACAAGGUGCCGGGCGUCGCGGUGCCACAGCUCGCUGUGGUUGCCCUGUGCAGCCGUGUCAGCUGCACGUGGACCAACGCGCGAAACGCGGGGGUGGCCGGAAAUCUCGUGGUGGACCGCAAACGAUCGUGUGCGGUUGUCAGGUGCAGCCAUGUCCUGUGCAUCCAGUACUGAUUAGGGUUCGUCGUACUCGACCUACGGUUGGCAACUGUGACUGUCCACCGGAAUCACAGCCCUGUGUGCAUGCACAGCGUGCAUCAGCCGUACGAAGAAUUCGAAGAUGCGACUGUCCGGAACGACCUUGUCGGCACUCGGCACCCGGCGGCACACGGCAUCGAGUGCACUCCUCUUCACCCACUUUUUCCCAAGCAAGUCAAUCCACCUCGCAGCAGCAACAGCAGUGCGAGUGUGUCGAAAGAAUAAACUGUACGCAUACAGCCGGUGGCGAGGGUACACGCGAGUGCGAGUGCGGCGAAGAGGUUAAGCCCUGUUCACAUACGGUCAGACAACGAAGAUCGCGUCGCAGCUGCGAUUGCAGCGGUAGUGGCUCGCAACCGUGCAGUCACAAACCGCAACACGAGGGACGAAUAAAACGCGUCAAGUGCCGUGUAAGGCGUGCAGGUUGCGCGAUGGCCAGAUGCACCGCGGAACUCGCGAUGCUGCACCUGCACUGGGGGCUUGCCACCGAGUGCGCGCCCUGCAAACCCAGAGCACUCACCCGACGGCUCUGCAGGAGACAGCAAAGCGACAACGAACUCUACAGGAGCAACAGCUUCAAAUUCGAGCGAUUCGAGAGAACCAAAGACGAAUGCGCCACUCCGCUACGUAAACAGGUAUCUCUGUGCGACGAUUAUAGUCUGCCAGUCGAUUUUGUGAAUAAGAGACGUCCUGCGAGCGCUGCGGCCACAACAUCCACGGUUCAAUGGGCCUUGCCUAGUCCUACCAUUGAAAACGCGGAAGUGGAAGUUGUGGAACAGUAUAGCGAUCCAAGGGAUAGUAAGAACAAAGCGUACGUCGAGCCGGGAGCCGAAACAUCGUUGCCGACGAUUUACAGCAAAGUAAAUCUCAACUAUUGUCGACCGUAUACGGAUCCUUCGGCGUCGGGGUCAUCGUGCGAGGAUGACGAGGACGAUCAGCACCCGGACAUCAGGAAACGCAAGAACAGCCUGUACGCGACUUCCUCGAACCGAGCACCCUCGCUAGACAGAGAAAAAGGGUUGAGUUUGGCCGAUGCUGCAGUGGUGGAUUGCGUAGCCCUGGUACAUCUCACGGAUCAAUCACCCACCGAUUCGAACCAACCGGUCCGUCAUCCGUCACCCUAUUACUACGGCGACUUGUUCAAGGUACCUGAACAGCUGAGCAAGCCGCAGCCCAACAAGUACAGGAAGAGCGUCAGCCUCGACGUACCGGGUGAACGAUCGAGAACACCCGGUAUACCGAAGAGGAAUUCGGUGGCAGGUGAUGGGGGAAGCUAUUCGUCUCAGCCACAGCUACAGCCACAGCAGCAACAGCAACAACAGCAGCAGCAGCAACAGCAGGCGUUCCAACCGCAACAACAUUAUCAAAGUCAGGAUCUAGUGAGCCCCACGUCGGGGAGCGAGCAUGCUGUCCCAGCCAGAAACGAGAUCCUCUCGUCGUGCAUCAUCACCGAGUGGGAUCACACCCUCAUGCCUCCUCAUAGAUUGUUAAGCCAUGACCUGCCGACCACGGUUUGUACUUGCGUCGCAUCAGCUGAAGAGGAAGAGGAUGAGCUAGAUCAACGGCAGCCGCAGCUAACGCGGCACCAGGUACGCAAGCUAAGACGUACACGAAGGAUAGAUCCGCAACCGAUACUCGUCGAGGACGAGGACGACGUGGAGGGAGAGGACGAGGGCGAGGAAGAGGAGGAGGAGGACGUGGAGGUGGAGGAAGACGAGGAAGAGAUGGCUAGACAACGUCACCUCUACGAGACGGCCUUCGACUGCAAGGUCAAUAGGUCCGACGACGACCUCGACGAUCUCGAUCGAGUUACCAAUCAUCCCGUCUUGCACUCGCAGAUGAGAAGCAACAGCGUGAUAGCAGUGAGCAGAACGAGUUCAUCGACGGACACGUCGAAGCAGCAGCAGCCCCAGCAGGUCCCCUACGCUGGUCAGUCCCACAGCAGCAAAGAUCGACGCAAAGUCGUACUUCUCCGCCCAAAACCAAUUCCGAGCCGUCUUCAACAGCAGCAGCAGCAGCAGCAACAACAACAGCAAUCAGACAAUAUUUCUACUCUGUCCCAGGAUAUCGAAUCCCUCCAGAUCAAUUCGAGCGACGAGAAAACGGGCUCGCCGCGGUUACCCGCCAGAGGUUACACCCCGUCGCCUCCAUCCACGGCUCCGUUGCCGGCCAAGUUUCACGGCAAUCGAGACCACUUGCUGUUGAACAUCCGCAGCACACCGAAUUUACCCUCCCAACCGGACCAUCCGCGUCUCAAGGAUCUAAGAUUACCGGUGAAAUCGUUGCUGAGGGCGAAGGACUCGCCGCAGAGCAGCGAGGGUAGCAUACUGGAGAUCAAAAGUAGACCAAAGGGUUUUGCUCAAGAAAAUGUGGAGUCGUCGCAGGGACGACGCUUCGAUAAAGAACUGAUACUGGAGUUCAAAGGUAGGCCACGAGAGGAGAGGCAACGACCUCGCAGUCUGAUCCGCGAGAGCAAACCCAUCAUGGAGUUCAAGGGCAGGCCCCACGAGGCGGAGAGCGAUCUGCUGCGACCUCGUCGAGAGGUCGGCCUUUUGGAAUUCAAAUUGCGGACCACUAGACGCAGGGCGGGCUACUCGAGCACAGAAAGCAUGGCCACCAGCAGCAGCGGCGGGAGCAUGGAGUCUCUUCGAAGCAGCACCAGCGAGGGCAACAGGUCAACCAGCAGCUCCGAGAGCCGUCAUAGCACCAGCCUGAGCUCCCACAGUUCCGACAGCGGCAGCACCAACUGCUACCAUCAUCAUCAGCAACCGUCGAUGACCGGUUUUUUAACCCAUCACGCGAACAAACUGCACAUACUGUCGCCUAUUUCUGACAAGUCCUCUCAGGAACCCGCUUCGGAGACCUCCGAUAAUAAUCGCAACAACAACUCGCAGAAAGCCUCGCCCGAGGAGAACGUCACCACGGAGAACAACGUGACCGUGUCCAACAACACUAACACGAACACCAACACGGUCAACACGAACACGAAUUCCGUGACCUCGCCCAUGGACACGUCGUUCAAGAAACGGCGAACGCCACAGAACAAGAAUCUCAUUAAUUUGGCCCUGCAAUCCUCGUCGUCGGGCGAUGCGGAGAUUCAAGGGUCGGACAGUGGCAUCUCGAUCGAGUCGCGAGCCGGGAUCAAGUGCAAACCAUUCGGCUUCCACUUGUUGAAGCCGCAGCUGGAUAACAUCAAUCUUGUCGACAAUGAACCCGAGCUGUCCGAUCUACCUUUUGACAUGCCGAAACUACGAAGGAGACGAUUGCUUAUGCAACAAGACGCCACCACGUCUGGCAGCGCUACCAGUGUGGAUUUAAGGGAUUUGCCGUUUGACAUGCCGAAACUCAGGAGGAGGCUUAGGUGCAUGCAGAGCACGGAAUCCAGCGGGUCACAGGCGUCUUCCAGCCUCUCUGUACGGGAUGUUGAGCCACCUGCGUUAUUCGGCGGCGGUCUGGCGCGUCCGAAGAUGACACUGAAUCUGGACGCUGGGAACGGUGUGAACACCGCUGGAAACGGCGGUGGGCAGCUUGCACCGAAAAAACCUGCUGGACUCAGCCUUGGAUUGCCGCUGGAGAUUAAUACCGCCCGUGGAUCCGCUGAUCUGGUUGAUGUGGACCUCCCUCUCGAGAGACAAGGAUGGUACCACGGAUCCAUCACGAGAAUCGAGGCAGAAGCUGUCCUACGUCUUCUGAGAGAAGGAAGUUAUCUAGUGAGGAACAGCGAGUCGACCAAACAGGAUUACUCCUUGUCACUGAAGAGUGCUCGUGGUUUUAUGCAUAUGCGUAUCCAAAAGAACGAGGAGCUGAACGCUUACAUUCUGGGCCAGUUCAGCAAACCGUUCGACAGUAUACCGGAAAUGGUUCGCCAUUUCAGCGUGAACCGUCUUCCGAUACGAGGUGCCGAACACAUGUGUCUUCUGCAUCCGGUCAUAGCUCAGCUUUUGUAGCGCAUCUAUCGUAGCGCCGUUUAAGGUGCUCCCAUUUUUUGAUAUCCCCUUUACUCCGAGAAUAACAAAGAACCUGGAUAGUGUCCUGGAAAAGUAUCCUCCAAGCUGAUAUUUAUAGGAAAGACGGAGGGUAUUGUUGUGCAUAGAUACGAUUUUCCGUUGGAAAAAUUUUCGAUAAAAUGCAGUUAACUCGUUGGUUGCCAUAGGUUCGUUGACUGAUAUUGCAAAAUUGUAUUCUAAUUAAGGGACAAAAAUAACAACUCUGAAUAACAUGUUUGUAGUAAUAAUUAAAGAUCAGGUGUGAAGUUUAAAUCGGUCUGGAACAUAUUACUUAUGUAAAUAUUAUUAGCUUCUAAAUUAAUUACAAAAAUUAAAG